GGUGUAACUUUGAAACUGGCAUUUCCUGUUCUGUUUCUGAAAAGGAUAAGGUUCCCGUGUUAUGUCAGCUAUUUGACUUGUAAUGACAUUUAACAUAACACAUAUAAGCUCCUGACACUGUGUUACAACCGACGGUUAAACUGUAUUUGCCACUUUCCACUUUAUUAAGGUAAAGAAGUAAGACAAACAAAGUUAGCUUGCUUGCUAGCUGCUAUUGUUAUGUCGGUAUGCUGUUUGUUUACGUUACCGGUUCAAAUGUAUUCCCUCGGAAAGUUCUCAUUUAAGUUUGUCUUGUUGUGUUUCGGCUAUUUCCUGUCAGUAAUAUCCUUUUUUUCCCACGUUAACUCCUUUGAGCACAUCGUAAUGUUAUUAAAAGCAGUGUUGGGCGAAUAGGACAACAUGACAUUAGGACUCGGUCAGCUGAUUGGAAAUACACAGAGGUCUGUUAUUGCCUCUCGUGUAGGGCUGGGCGACAAAACGAUAACGAUAUGUAUCGAAAUUUAAUUUCCCUCGAUAUCAAUAUAAAAGAUGGUUGAUAUGCUUUUCGAUAGUUGUCAUUCUGCCAUGUUUUGGUAGACUAUACAAUGAAAAGGGGAGUUGCCCCAGUUCCGCUUUGCGCAGAACUAAUCGUGUUGAAUUAGAACCAAGUAGCGAACAACUGCGUAGUAGCAGGCUGCAGCUACACGCAAUCAUAGCACUUUAACACAUGAAGCCGACAGCACUGCAAACCCUGAGCGAAGCAAGGAGCCCAUGGCACCUGUACAGCCGACCAUUUAGUUCACUUUCUCUAGUGCAACGCCUCACGACAAAAUGUCAAAGAGACAUGAAGACUUGACAGAUGCAGUAGCUUAUUGUAUUUCAAAAGACAUGCUGCAAUAAGCACUGUUAAAUUUCACUUUUUAUAUUGUGAUGUACAUCGGUAUUGACUGAUAUGAAAAAAUAUAUACAGUAUAUUGUGAUAAACUGUUUCCCAUAUCGCCCAGCCCUACUCUCAGGUGAAGAGAAGAGGUCACAAAUAACUAUCAGAUUAAUUUUGUUUAAUAACAUCAGUAUCUUUGUGUUUGUUUCACUGUAGAUGAGACUGCCUUGGCAGAUCCUCUCCCUGCACUCAGCACCUGUGAGGUGGGCAUCCUCAGUCCCUGCAGGUGUGGUGAGUUUCGUCCCAGUCUGCAGCUCCACUGACCCUCAGUCCAGAGAGCUGCUGCAGGAUUUUGUGUCCAGAUCCACUCGCCUGUUAGUCAUCACAGGAGCAGGACUCUCCACAGAGUCAGGGAUCCCAGAUUACCGCUCAGAGGGCGUCGGGCUGUAUGCCCGCACUGAUAGGAGACCCAUGCAGCAUGUUGAGUUCCUCCGCAGCGCAAAGUCCCGUCAACGCUACUGGGCCAGAAACUUUGUCGGCUGGCCGCAGUUUUCCUCCCAUCAGCCAAACUCUGCACACAGGGUCCUGCAGAGGUGGGAGGAAAGGGGCAAAGUACACUGGCUGGUCACACAGAAUGUGGAUGCUCUUCACUCAAAGGCAGGACAGAAAAAGCUGACGGAGCUCCACGGAUGUGCCCACAGGUGAGAAAACAUAGAUACUAAAAUCCCACAGGUGUUGUAUACCUAGAUUUUGUCCUGGGGUUGCUUUUUUGUCUAGCAUGAUGAACAAUUUAAAAGAAAAACAAAAUGAUGUACAGUCACGUUUUUUGAUUUAAAGGCAUCAUCAUAAGAUGAUGCCUUUAAAUCAGAUCAUAACAAAUUUACAGUAGACCUACAUGAUUUAGUGACUAAAACCUCCUUUAUUUUAUUGGUUUGGCGUUUCUAACAAACGGACAGAGUUACUUGCUGUCUCCACUUGAGUGAGGCGACAUCAGAAACUCAUUUCCAUCUACAGUCAGCGUUAGAGAACAUUAAUACAUCAAACCGAAACUCUUAAAACCAAGUGUUAAAGACAACAUGUUUUGUCAUUUUGGUGAAUUGCCUCUUUAAGUUACCGCUCAAUGGCUGUCAACCAAAUAUAUCAAAGAUGGAAGUAAAUGCUGACAUUCCCCGUGUGUCUUCAGGGUGAUGUGUUUAGGCUGCGGUGGCAUCACAGCGAGGGAGGAGCUCCAGAAACGAUUCAUAGCUCUGAACCCAGACUGGAGUGUGCAGGCGGGUGGCGUGGCCCCUGACGGUGACGUCUUCUUAGAGGACGAGCAGGUCCUCCAUUUCAGGGUCCCCUCAUGUGAGGAAUGUGGAGGAAUACUAAAGCCUGAAGUCACAUUUUUUGGGGACACAGUGAACAAAGCAACUGUACAGUUUGUGCACGAUAGACUGGCAGAGUCGGAUGCGGUGCUAGUGGUGGGGUCGUCGUUACAGGUAGGUUUGAAGGGAAAAAAAAAACUCAAGCGCAUCAUUCAAGAUAUGAUCUUUUAUUACAAAAGUAUCCUUUAUUUAUGUAUUUAGCUAGUUAGUUAUUUUAAUGGUGUCUGUCUCCUCUUUUCCCAAGGUUUAUUCAGGAUACCGGUUUUUACUGGCGGCAAAUGACAGGAAAAUGCCAGUUGCCAUCUUGAACAUUGGGUCGACGAGGGCAGACCACCUGGCUCAGCUGAAAGUGAGCGGCCGCUGUGGUGAGGUGCUGUCAGACAUUCAGCCUCUCUGACCGUCAUGGAUAUCCAGUUUGGAUUUUCUGUUUUCGAGAUGUUCAAAACUACCUCAGAGCAAGAUUUAUAAAAGGAGCUAAAUCAUCCCUGGGUGGAUCUUGACUGCUCUGCCACAUGUAUUUUCAAAGCAGGACAAAAAUAAACACUUCUUACACUACUUUAUGCAGGAUGAUAUCAUUUUAAAAUAUGAGUUACACAUUGAACUUGAACUAUAAAUGUUCAGGGGAUUCCUAUCCUGGUUCUUUCAGGAGACACUGAGAGAUUUCAGCUAAUUAUACUGUAUUUGGUAUCUCAGAUUAUGUGCAGUACAUGUUGCAGCGUAUGUUGUUCACUGUCUGGAGGCUCUGAGUAGAAGAUCAAGGUUAGUAGCAGUCGGUGUUGCUGUCAAAUAAUGGAUUACCCUCAUUAGAAAUCUGAUCAUAGUCAGUAGAAUUGGAUCUUUUUUCCUUUAAAUUGUUUAUAUUCAAUAUAGGCUUUCAGUGAAGCUGCAGAUUGUGUUUUACCCGAUUCAAAUGUAUAUAUUUAGUAUAUAAUCUUGGAGAGUGAGAGUCUAUAAGAAGGAGUGAGCUGUCUCAGACCAUGAACAGAAAGUGACUGGAUGAAAUCUGAUCAAAUCUUACUACCUCCGAUGUAAUAAGACUGUACAUGAGAGCGAAUAAAGAAUGACAAGACUGAAUGAA